AUGAGUACUACCCAACUCCGGCUGUCACUCCAGGAGAUAGUACCGACUUACCAUGGAAAAUUUCCCCCGCAAUUGCUCUCUUUCAUCGAGUCGCUUUACCUGCUCAGUCUUCAGAAGAAACCCACUUUACCUAACCGAGCAGAAAUCGCUCGUUUCCACAUUUGCGCCUUCUUAGCAGCUGAAAAGUACCAGUCCACAUUCAGUCUUCCACAGCCCGAGGUGCGAAGAAUCCCUCUCCAGCCUAAGAUUGCAGCCAAGUUGCUAGAUGACUUCAGAGACAAUCUCUUGAACCAGAUCAGAUCGUGCACUUCAACUCCACGUAAGAAUGCCUCUUCAAAUUCGACUUCCCCGGCAGGAUCUCCAGAACUGGCAUAUUCUACCCCCCUUCUGACUCCAACGGGAUUGACCAAGUUGUCUCCCCUCAAAUUGAAUAUAAACAAGAGUAAAAUCUCGUCGCCACUUAAACGGUUACGCGAUCUUGAAAACGAAGACGAUUCUGAAGAAGAACGUUCAGUACGAAAAAAAACACCGAGAAAACCCAAUAAGGAAUUUAAUAUUGAGUCUCCAUUUAAUCCAAAACCCUCAGCUAAGUCGCCUGAUGGACUGCCCAAAAAGAAAAAAUCCAAAUCUACAAAAUUAAACAUAUACAAAUACGAUAGAAAACACGUCUCCAUAGUGGAUUUUAUUGCUUUCGCAAACAGUUUCUUUAUUCCAGCUGAAAUAACUCCACGUAUGGUAGAGACUUUUCUUGUCCACAAACACAAGUUUGUCAAAAAGAGUGAAUGGCUCUUAGCCUGUGGAAUGAUCCACUCUGCCUAUAUUCGUAUCAACCAUAAAAUACUCACAUCCAAAAUGGGUGCGAAACAGAAAAUCGUAGAUCAACUCUUCCAGUACCAAAAGGGGGGGUUGAUGAAAAAAGCCAUGCAAUUAUGGCUAGACAUAGUCGAAGACUGGAUCAACGACGAAGCUUGGAUCCGCGAUAUAGAGAAACAGUUUAUGUACGAUAAGGACUCCGUCCAACAGCAACAGUUGACAAAAGAGAGAGAGGCUAGAAUCGGUCCGGGAUGGGGGUUACUCGAGAAAUUUGGCUCGAUGCUCCAUGGAGAUGUUCUCUAUGAUUCAAAGACGCAAGAGGACUACUACAACACCUGGACUUCCAGAGUAUUAGAGUCGACAAGCACCUAG